AUGCCGGAGGGUGCGGUGCAGCAGGUCGGAGGGGGCUGCCGCGGGGGCUGCGUCCCCCACCCCGCAGGAGUUGCCAGCGCGUGCCGCAGUGAUGCUCCUGCACAGCUGGGGAGAGCCGAUGCCCAGGGCCCUGCUAACCUCUCCCGUGUGUGUCCAGAGAGCCAGCCCACGACGUCAGACGAGACUGUGGUGACCGGUGGUACAGUGGUGCUCAAGUGCCAGGUGGAGGAUCCCGAUGACUCCUCGCUGCAGUGGUCCAACCCUGCCCAGCAGACCCUCUACUUUGGGGAGAAACGAGCCCUGCGAGACAACAGGAUCCAGCUGGAGAGAUCCACACCCAACGAGCUGACUAUCAGCAUCAGUGAUGUGGUGCUGUCGGAUGAGGGGGAAUACACCUGCUCCAUCUUCACCAUGCCCGUGCGGACUGCCAAGGCCCUGGUCACCGUGCUGGGAGUCCCCCAGAAACCCCAAAUCUUCGGCCAUGAGCAGCCCAUUGAUGAGGAGAAGAUAGCCCGGCUGACCUGCCGGUCCUCUGGCAGCAAGCCUGCGGCCCAGCUCCGCUGGAAGAAGGGCAACAAGGAACUGAAAGACGAGGGCACCGAGGUGGUGGAGGACCCGAACGGAAAGACCUUCACCGUGAGCAGUCGGGUGGAGUUCCGCGUCACCAAGGAGGACAACGAAGCCGAAGUGACCUGUACUGUGGACCAUGAGUCCCUGCAGAACUCCGAGAGAUCGACCACACAGAAGCUGCAGGUCCACUACAAGCCGACAGCAAAGAUCGAGCCACAUCCCCAGUACCCGCGGGAAGGCGAGAAGCUCCAGCUGCAGUGUGAUGGGCAGGGCAACCCCAUCCCCCAGGAGUUCCUGUGGGAGAAGGAGGGCAGCGACGCACCCCUGCAGCUGAGCUCCGACAGCGUCCUCAUCUUCCCCUUCCUCAACAAGAGCGACAGCGGCACCUACGUCUGCACGGCCACCAGCUCCAUGGGCAGCGUCGUGGCCAAGUACAACCUCGACGUCAGUGAUGCCAGCCCAGUGCCCUCGACCUCCAGCACGUACCACGCAGUGAUUGGUGGGGUGGUCGCUGUCAUCGUCUUCCUCCUGCUCAGUCUUCUCAUCGUGUUGGGACACUACCUGAUCAGGCACAAAG